AUGGCUGGUAACGCAAAUAGUGGUGCUAAUAAUAUUGGUUCUAUUGCUGGUGCUUCAGCUUCACCUAGUCCUACUCCUAGUCUUUUAGAUAGUACUAUGCCUCCCAUUAAUACUGAGAAUGUUGAGAGUGUUGGUGAUGUUGGUACUCAGAAUCCUAAUUCAAUUGAAGCUCUCCCACCAAAACCUAAACCAAAUGUGCAAAAAUCAAUUGUAUGGGAACAUUUUACCAAGAUAGAGGGGGGUGAUCCCGAAGAUCCUAAAUCAAAAUGCAACUAUUGUAGCAAAUUGUUUAGUUGUCACCCUAGAAUGCUAGGUACUUCAUCCAUGUUAUCACAUAUCAGAAAUAGUUGCAAGAAAUAUCCUGGUAGGUUUGGCAAAUUAGAUAAGCCACAGUCAACGCUGAGUUUUGAUGCUAAUAAGGAAGGACAAGUGGGAGAAGGAUCUGUUGGCAAUCUUGUCAUUGCGAAAUAUAAUGUUCAAAAAAUAAGGGAGGCAUUAGCUAAGAUGGUAAUUGUGGAUGAGUUGCCUUUUAAGUUUGUGGAGGGUGAAGGGUUUCACGAUUUCAUGAAGACGGUUGAGUCUAGGUUUAAAAUUCAUUCUCGUUACACUGUGAUAAAGGAUUGUAUGAAGAUCUUUAUAUCUGAGAAGGAAAAGCUUAGGGCAAUGAGAGAGACUAUUGGGAAAAAGAUAGAGUCUUGUAUGCUUGAGUGGGGUAUUAGUAGCAUUUUUACUGUCACGGUUGACAAUGCUAGUGCCAAUGACACUGCUAUUAAGUACUUAAAGAGGAAAAAUAGAGAUAAGGUGGGCGCCAUAUUGGAUAAUGAGUUUAUGCAUUUGAGGUGUUGUGCACACAUACUUAAUCUUAUUGUGACUGAUGGUUUAAAAGAGGUUAGUGACUCUAUUGUGAAGGUUCGAAAUGCAGUGAAAUAUGUGAAGUCUUCACUUUCAAGAUUUGAGAAAUUUAAGGCUUGUAUGGAGAUAGAAAAAAUUCAGUUUAAGGGUUUGUUGUGUCUUGAUGUUCCAACUAGAUGGAACUCCACAUAUAAGAUGUUAGAAGCCGCUGAAAAAUGUCGAAAUGCUUUACAUCUAAUGGAAGAAGAAGAUAGAUACUUUGUUUCUACGUUGUUUGAAGGAGGGCAAUGGAGAAGGGGUUUGGGACCUCCUACUUUUGAGGAUUGGGAAAAUGUUAGGGUCUUUCUCAAGUUUUUAAAACUUUUUUAUGAUGUGGCCAUGCGACUUUCGGGUUCUUUGAAUGUGACAUCUAAUAUGUACUUGCAAGAUAUUUGUGGCAUCCAAGCACAUUUACAGGCUUUUAGUGAGAGUGGGGAUUAUGUAUUAAGAGCCAUGGCGGAGAAAAUGAAGAUGAAGUACAAUAAGUAUUGGGGAGAUCUUGAUAGGGUUAACUUGAUGUUGUUUGUUGCAGUUGUUCUUGAUGCACGCACCAAAUUGGAUUCAUUAGAUAAUUGGUUCAAAGAAGUUCUUAGUGUUGAGCAAGCAACUCGAAUGAUUACAAAAUUGAGGUAUCACUUGGACAAAUUAUAUGAUCACUAUGACAAAUCGGAACUAUUUGGUUUAGAGCAUUCAGCUAUUGAUGGAAUUAUUGAUUUUUUUUGUGUUCAUUGA